GUUGUUUCUUGACAUUCUACUUUCCUCUUAGAUUUAUUGUCUCUUGCUGACUUCUACUUUUGGCCACAAUGGCUUGUUCACCUUCUCUGCACAUAACAAUGCUCCCAUGGUUUGCACAGGAACACAUCACACCUUUUCUGCAACUCUCCAAUAGCCUUGCAGAAAGAGGACACAAAAUCUCUUUCUUCAUCCCAAAGCACACACAUGCAUCCUUUCAACACUUCAAUCACCACCCUAAUCUCAUCUCCCUUAUCCCAAUCUGUGUUCCUCAGAAUCAUCAUCAUGGCCUUCCCCAUGUUGCUGAAGAAAUCGCAUCAAAAGUUCAUUCUUCCACUGUCUCACUUUCUAUGACUCCAAUGCUCCUAUGUGAGAAGGACAUUGAAGUCCACCUGCUUGAGUUAAAGCCAAACAUUGUGUUCUUUGAUCAUGCAUAUUGGGUGCCAAAACCACGCUUAACUCAAUGCUUAAAAAUUAAGUCUUUAGUUUAUCACGUAAUAAGCUUUUCAUCAUUGACUUGUGAAUCAUCAUAUUCAUACCCUUUAGGGAUAUCUAAAGGGUACUGCUGCAACAUUGCUGAACAUCAUAACCUGUUGCAUGAACCAAAACUCCUUGCUGGAUCAGGAAAAGUUGACCAUGGUAAAUGCAUUGUUCACACUGAACCUUGUACUAACAGUAUUCUAGCUCAAUCUUAUGCAACAGGACUCAAAGGUUGUACAGUGAUUGAAGGAGCUUAUGCUGAUUGUCAUAGGAGGCAUGUUACUGUACCGAAAGAAGCAACUUGCCUUAUUGAUGAAAAUUGGGCUAAAUGGCUUGGAAAUUAUGAAGCUGGUAGUGUGGUUUAUUGUUCCUUUGGUAGUGAGUGCACAUUAGAACCAUGUCAGUUUCAGGAAGUGGUGUUGGGGCUUGAGCUAUCAGGCAUGCCUUUUGUGGCAGCUCUUAGACCCCCUAAGGGUUUUGAGUGUGUGGAAUCAGCACUUCCAAAAGGGUUUAAAGAGAGAGUUCAAGGAAGAGGGGUUGUGAGUAGUGCAUAUUUUCCUCACAGGUUCAUUUUGGAGCACCCUUCAGUGGGGUGCUUUGUUACCCUUUCUGGACAUUCUGGGUCUUUGUCUGGUGCACUGGUGAACAAGUGUCAGUUGGUUUUGUUGCCAAAUCAUGGUGAAAUGGUGUUCAGUGCAGGGGUGAUAGGAACCACCUUGAAGGUUGGAGUGGAAGUGGAGAAGUUGACCACUAAGAGGGUUUCUUUACUAAAGAGAGUGUUUGCAAAACUCUGAAAUUAUGCAAAAUUGAAGUUAAUCUAUGUUUGGCUUAUCUAAGAAAUAAAAUAGAUAAGACCCUUAUGUUGUGCCGUUGAUCAAUACAAUUAUUUGAUGUUUUGUGCAAUUA